GCUCAGAGGAAGUAUGAGCCCACCAAGAAAUCAAACGUAGUUCAGCAACCAUGUUGGAUUGCUUCGGCAGUGGGAUCAGCGUGUAUGUGGCCAGUGUUCUGACGUUUGUGAGGGCAUUCGCCUUCCUAUGUGCCGUUGAUGCACACCAAAACCUGAUGGUUGCCGGGACUUCACUGGGUGCCAAUUUGCAGGUGUUUGCAACAUGCUUGGCACUUGCUGGUGACACCCCCUCAGAAACCACUGAAGAAUCAGGAAACCAUUUCUUUUUCUGUUUUCUUUCAUUUUUCCAUGCAGUCGAGGUCCCGGUCCUCAUAAUGGCAAACUUUGGUUUGCAUUGGGGCUUUGGCCAUUACGUCCAGCGGUUUGCCCAUUAUCUUGUGGCAUGUCUUGCCUUCGACUGCUUCAUUCUAUGUUUGCUUCCACUUGGGAGUGACAUGUGCUCUGCCCUGGCAAAUCCAUAUGUCCUCCAGUCUGGUCGAAUCUUCGUAUGUGGCUUCAUCAAUGCAGCAUAUGGUUUCUGGGCCAUUGUCUUUCUCUUUUUCGAAAUCCAGCUCGUGCGACAGGUUAGCCUGCAAGCUCACUUGGUUGAGCAGGGUGAGUAUGCAGAGUUGCUGCGCUAUGAGAGAAAGCCAGCAGACAUGAAUCGGUUUGCCGCUGGAUGAGUGUAGCAACCUCGUCCCAGCAACAUGGAUCUGAAAGAUACAUGCCAAAACGCACUGCGGGGAGCAUGAGAAAA